UUUAAAGAUAAGGAAAAUUAUUCUAUCUUAACUUAUGAAGAGACUUUGGAACAAAGGAUCAGUUCUUUAAUAGGAACUUUCACUGAUGCCCUUAUAAUCUCUUCUAGAAAUGUAAGAAGUGUGCAGGAGUUACAAAAGGAAAGACAAAAACAUUUGACUAAAGCACAUGAGUAUCAUGAAAAUAAUAUCGUAUUAUUAUAUAAUUUCACUAAAAGACAGGUACAUGGACAAAAGUUUAAUCCUAAAUGGACAGGACUAUUUUGGAUAGAAAAGAAGUUAGGUAAUAAGGUUUACUUGAUAAGAGAUAAAAUUGAUAAUACAUUACCUGAUCCUGUUUAUGUAGAGUGA